AUGGCGAAUAAGAAAAACCACCCAAUCUCCUAUCUUCUUCCACUUCGACUAUGGAUUGGCAAAAAACUCUUUGGAGCAAACAAACUCGGACCACAUGGAGUCCGAGUCAGCCCUGGUAGAAUGAUCAAAGGGCCUUGUUAUAUGCCGGAGCUAGAAGCCUUGAGAUACGUCGCUGAGCACACAUCAAUUCCUGUCCCUAAAGUCUUCAACACCCACUAUUAUGAUGAUAGGCUCUAUAUCGAAAUGGAGUAUAUCCGUGGAAUGAGCCUCGAGAAAGCAUGGCACCGCGGCUACCUAUCUGAAGAUCAAAAGAAGCACAUUAUCAACCAGGUUGCGGGCUAUAUUAGCCAGCUUCGAAGACUCGAACCUCCACAAGAAGGAAUAGUUGCAUCGGCAACUUUCGACAAGGUCCUCGAUCACCGAGUCGGAUGUUGGAAUUUUGGGCCGUUUAUAAGCCAUGAAGGAUUUCACUCAUACCUUCGAGCGGACCUCCCUGUGGACUCUUUAGGUCCAGAGAUCGCCGAAUGUCACUCCCGUCAUUAUCGGAGCUGCUUUACCCAUGCAGAUCUCGCACUUCGGAAUAUCAUGGUGGAUAAUGGGAAGGUUUCUGCGAUUGUUGAUUGGCAAUUUGGCGGCUGGUACCCAGAAUAUUGGGAGUAUACUAAGGCACACUACGGUCAGGUAGAUCGGCCAGACUGGUAUACCGGAUUGCAAAAUGCCUUGGAGAAGAGAUAUGACGACGAGCUUGCAGCGGAACAAGUUCUUUGGAGGCGAUUAGAUGAUCCACAGAUUUUAUGGCAGGGGAGAGAGCAUCUGAUUUCAGGCCUUGUCUGA